CCACCUAGCGGCGGCCCGUGUCUGCCGGUUCGUAUAACUUCACUGACAGCUCUCCCCCGGUCCCGGGCGUGUACAGCCGUUUGGAAAUAGGCGAUCAUAGCGCUCCAACAGCCGUCGUGUAAACAGGGGUCGCAGCACACACCCGGGGAGCCGCUGUAUACCGGGUGGGCUGUUCCGGGCCAGGCCUCGCCUCUACUGUGUCACUUCCUGUCCCGGCCGGUGUCGGCUGUCUCUCCUCCCGGUCUAGGCCUUCUGCGGCCCCGAUGGAUUUUACAUAGUGUGACCUGAUCGUUGUCCCGUGUCCGAUGGCGUCGGCUGCCCGGUGCCCGGCGCUGUGCUGCUGCCGCCGCCCUCUCCACCCCGGGCCAGGCCCGGACUCCCCGCAGCGUUUUGAACCGGGACCCCCUGACCCAGCUUCGGCCUCCAGCUUCCAGCUCUACCGGCUCCAUCACUUCCACCUGGGCCUGGAGCUGCGGCCUGAGAGCCGGGAACUGUCUGGUUGCUUGGUGCUUGAGCUGAGCCCUGUGGUGCCAGGCGGGCCGGCUCUGGUUCUGGACGUUCACCCGGUGCUUAGAGUCAGCUCUGUCCGGUGUAGAAGAGGGGGGAGACCGAGCAAGAAGAACGAGAGACCUUGUUCAUGUCCUCCUAGUGACUACAGUGCUCACCACCCCUGGAACCCUGAGGACCCCACCCAUGGGUGCCAGUGUAAACAAGACUUGGGGCCCUCACAUUCUCCUACCACCAUGGACCCUUCAUCCUACGCCACCCCUCAGUCAUCUACGGUGAGCCCCGCUACAGCGGAAUCCUCACCGGUGGUCACCCCGGAACCCCUCGACCUGUCUGUUCCACGUUCAAAAAGUUCUACCACUUUGCCACACCUCGCGCCAGGUGACGACGUUACAGACCACGUUUCUUCUGGUACGGGUUGUCCCAUCAUCAAUGGUCAUCAGCCUCCAGGAUCUUCCCCUAAAAGUUCUGCUUCAGCUCUGUUUACAUCUACUGCUUCCCCCGCCACCGAUCUGUCUUCCCGAUCCUCUACGUCAUGCUGGUCCUCAGACUCUCUCAUGUCCCCGACCCGUGACAGCGGCUUUGCCACUUCUAGUAUACCCGCUGCCCUUUCCUCAAUGGACAUUCCUGCGUCGGAAGCACUGCCUUGCACUUUUAGCCAGCCAUGUGAGUUCCAUAGUGCCAGCGACUCUGCGCCCGCUCACUCCACCUGCUGCUUUCCGUUGGACUUUAGGGUUGAAGAGUUUACAGAUUAUGGCUCCGCGCUUACCAUCACUGUGCCUGAAACCCUGCGAACGAACGAGACGUUCCAGGUCAUUGUACACUACGUCACGGGCGAGGGUCCUGCGAUAUGGUGGCUGGAUCCUGACCUCUCCUAUGGAAGCUCAGAGUUGUUUGUGUUUACUCAGGGGCACUCUGUUUGCAAUCGCUCCUUCUUCCCAUGUUUUGAUACACCAGCUGUAAAGUGUACUUACUCUGCCUCUGUUAAGGCUCCAGCAGGAAUUCGGGUGCUUAUGAGCUGUACUCACAGUUAUUACAUAGAAGAAAUGGGCAUCUUUCACUUCUACAUGGAGCAUCCUGUUCCUGCCUAUUUAGUGGCCCUGACUGCAGGUCAUUUGCUUCCAGCAGAUAUUGGCCCCAGAAGUCGGGUUUGGGCUGAACCCUGUGUGCUGCCUUUGGCUGUCGGUAAACUAGCUGGGCGAGUAGAGCAGUGGCUUCAGGCUGCAGAGAGCUUGUACGGACCCUAUAUCUGGGGAAGGUACGAUAUUGUCUUCCUGCCCCCAUCCUUUCCGAUUGUUGCCAUGGAGAACCCGUGCCUGACAUUCGUCAUCUGUUCCAUCUUGGACAGUGAAGAUUUCUUGCUUAUUGAUGUGAUCCAUGAAAUUGCACAUGGCUGGUUUGGGAAUGCAGUCACUAAUGCCAGCUGGGAGGAAAUGUGGUUGAGUGAAGGUUUGGCAACAUAUGCCCAGCGCCGUAUCACCACUCUUGUUUAUGGUGCUGCUUUCACAUGUCUUGAGACAACUUUUCGACUUGAAGCUUUGCACAGACAGAUCCGAAUCCUUGGUCAGGAUACACCAUUCAGCCGACUGCAGGCCAAACUGGAUCCAGGUGUAAACCCUAGUAACCUCAUGAACUUAUUCACCUAUGAGAAGGGCUUUUGCUUUGUGCACUAUUUGUCCCAGUUAUGCGGGGACCAGGACAACUUUGAUGCCUUCCUCAGGGAUUAUAUUGAGAAGUUUAAGUUCCACAGUGUUGUAGCUAAUGAUCUGCUGGAGUCCUAUCUCUGCUUUUUCCCUCAUUUAAGGGAUGAGAGCCCAUCAUGUAGUGAAGGUCUGGAUUUUGAUCGCUGGCUUAAUGCUCCAGGGCCACCCCUGACCCAGCCAGAUCUUUCUCAGGGAUCUGUGUUCACUUCUUCAGUGGAAGCUUUGAGUCAACUGUGGAUGGCUGAACCUCUGGAUAUUGAAGCUGCUGCCACCUUUGUCAAUAUUGCAGACUGGCAAACCUUCCAGACUGUACUCUUUUUGGACAAGCUGUUAGAUCAGUCUCCACUGCGACCAGAGGUGAUGCUUCAGCUUUCCCUGUGCUAUUCUUCUGAUCUGGCUACUAUGAACACAGAAAUCCGGAUUCGCUGGUUACAGAUUGUGGUGCGAAAUAACUUCCAGCCAGACAUGCCCCGUGUGCGCCAUUUUCUACUCUGCCAAACUUCUAGGAUGUACACUAUCCCACUUUAUGAAGAUCUUAGUGCAGGAGCACUGAAAUCUUGCGCCCUGGAAAUCUUCUGUCAGACUCAUGGGCGAUUACAUCCAAAUCUACGUAAAACCAUCCAGCAGAUCCUGGCUCAGGGAGGUUCUUUGGUGCAGCCAGACUCUGCAUUGCCGGUGCUGUCUACUGAACUCUAUACACAAGGCUCUUCCUCUCUCAGGGAUGUGAAUGUGACAGCCUGACAGAGCUCACCCAGCAAUGACGCAUCUGCUAAGUAACUUCUAAUCCUAGCUGGCUGUGCCUCGCCCAGACCCAGCAGACGAGUAGGAGUGUUGUGGAAAUUUGCACUGGGAUGGAUCAUGCAUAGUGCUAUCCAACCCAUUUCUAUUUAGUGGGGAGCAAUGAAGCCCCAAGGACUGAACUUUUAAAUAACUAGCCUUCAGAUGGCAGUUAGGUGCCAAUGGUGCAUAUAUUUUGUGUGGAGUAAAGAGAUCCUGCUGUGGGUCUGCUAAAGUUGAUUUAAACACAUCUAUGCAUUUUAUAUCUCAUUUGCAGUACAUAUAGACAACUUCUUAGUGAAGAUAUUUGUUAAUCUAAAGUCUCCCUGGAAAAAAAAAAGUUUUUUUGUUUUGUUUUUAUUUAACAUUGUUUAAAAGAGCCCUUGAGUUAUAACGGAUUACUGGAUUGGUAUGCCCGUGCUCCUUUUUUUUUUUUUUUUUUAAAGACCUGGUCCAAGCCACUUCAAAACACACACUUUGGGCUAUGCCUCCACCUUCCUGGGUAUAAAAUGUUUACAACGUAUGUGGCCCUGACACCUACUAGAGGUUAAGACCGAGGCUGUGGUAAGUCCAGGAUGAGGUUAAAACGGACACAGUACAAAAUAAAAUGUAUGCUCCCCUUCCAUUUUUCCACUAACGUUUUCAUUGUGGAUUUGAUAUUUUGCUGCUUGUUCUGGCAAGCCAUUUAUUUUGGUUUCUUUUGAUUAUGAUUGUUAAAUGGGCAGAGGGAUAAUUAUUUCUGCUGAAUCAAGAAUGUCAUUUCUAAGCUUACUCUAACUCUCCAGCACUUUUGAAUUUUUAAAACUCUGCUUAAACAUUUGGAGUAUUGUUUUUAUUUUACCUGAUUUUAAUUUGAUUGCUAGUGGUGCAGAAUAACCGUUUUUUUUAAAUGUGUUUUAGUGUGAUAGCAAGUUAAACCCUUACCUUAAAUUGACUAGGGCACAUCUUUCUAGCUGCACUUUAAUUUGCCUGCUCAUUCUAUUUCCUUUUUGUAGCAGCCCAUACUGGUGUUAUCAACAAGGCACUUUUUGUGAUUGGCCCUGACUAAAAUGGAUAACCAGCAUGCAUAUUUUUCUUCAUAUUUGGCCAGUUGACUGUCAUUUUUUUUUUUUUUUUCUGUGACAUUUAGAUGAUUGGUCCAGAGGCAAUAUUCCAUUUAUAAUUUAUUCCCCCACCCCUAUGGCUCUUUUUACUCUCAUGUACCAGCAAGUCAUUGCCCUUUUGCUAUACUAAUUACCAAUUUUAAUACUAUUUUGUAUUGCUGUAAGCAUUGUUUCUCAAGGAGAGACAAGGAAUAAUAAAAAAAAAGUUGUUUUUUUAAUUGUUAUUUGUAGAUGGCAUUCGGACUGCGAAAAUUAAACAAUGCUUACAUGUC